GAACAUCACUACGCCCGGGCGACCGCGGGCGGAGCCGCGGGCGCAGGGGGGCGCUCGAUCAGCUGGCGCGCGCGCCGGCCGUCACAAGAAGCACUGCGUCAUCGUCCACCGUACCGAGCGCGCACUUACUUCAUUUCUUAUAAUUGUUAAUUCCGUCAUUCCUAAGUGUUGUAAUUUAUACAGUCCACUAUUAUACUUAUUAGCUACGAAGUUACUGGAGUUUUGUUCUACCAACACCCGUAGGAUAUUCCACAAUUUCCGUUUAUGGUCCUUCGCAAUAACGACAGAAGAAGUAACGGCCAGUUCCAGCCACGUAGGAGUGACAAGCGGAUUUUCAAAUUCAAGAAAAAUAACGGCCGUUGGAAAAAUACUGGUGAUCAAGAGGUCUUCUCGCCCUUCGUGCGUGCCUGGUUCCAGUUUACGGUCAUCAUAAGCGCCGCCUUUCGGGAAGAAAAAACUUGUCGGAGCGAAUACAGUUCGUCAGUGGUCAUCAUAGCUGGGUCAUCGCAACAUAGCAGCCGAGCAGAGCCCAAGAACAUCGCGAGCAAGAAGACGUUCGGUUUGGAAUCGCAGUCAAAGGAUUUCGUGAGAUCUUUCCAUAUUCUUAUUAACAUUAUUUUUCAUGCUAACAUCAUCUAAAUUUCCAGUAGUGUUCAGAUAGUGCAUUAGAUCAUAGAAUCAUACAUAAUUGUCUAGUGAAUAUUAGUAAAAUAGCAGAUGCAUGACUAGUUACAUAGUUGUGUUUUGGUUUUUCUCGUUUACCCACUUAAAAUAAAAAUAAAAUCAUUGUCAUUAUUGAGUAGUUUUCCAUAAUCAUAGAAUAUUGUGAUUCAUGUUUAUUUCUUGUUUACAGUAGUUAACGCACUACGCAUGGGUAGGCAUUAAUGUGAUCUUUAUUAUAUUUUCAACUUUCAAACGCCUAAUGGUUGGUAAUUAGCAACGCUCAUUCGAACAGCUGUGCUUUGCGAUUGAUUACAGGCGCAUUUACACUAAAAUAGUUAACAGCUUUGUCCCAUUUUUCAGCACUUAUUUGCUAUUCUAUUUUAGAUAUCUUCAUUCUUCUUCUGUACCUUCUUUAGUGCAUAAGGCUUGCCUCCGAUUUAGCCAUGACUGAAGAAAUUAAAAUUAAAGAGCUUACGAAAAAACGCGCCUCAAUAAAAUCACAGCUUACUCAGUUCACAUCCUUCUUAAAUGUCUCUAAGUCUUGCGACCAACUUAGUGAGGAACAGCUUGUUGAGUUGGAGCUUAGAGUUGACAAAAUGGUUACAGUAUAUGCUACCUAUGAUCAAUUACAGGGUCAAUUGGAGUGCCUGUCGGCAAAGCCAGACGAGCAAUUCACCGAAAGGGAGCAAUUUGAAGCGAUCUACUACAAGCAACUAGCAUCUGCUCGUGCCCUUCUGACACAGCACCGCACACAACUCGCGAAUAAGAAACUCUGGAGGAAACAAAUCGUUUAAAACAGAAACCAGAACAUACGCAUGCGUUGGUAAGAGUCACGGACCAUUUCGGGACGCCGCACAGCGCCAGAGUCUUACUCGACAAUGGAAGCACGGCAAACUUCAUUACCAAGGAUCUUUGUGGUAUGCUACAUUUACCUAUUCGUAGUGUAAGCUCACAUGUGGCAGGAAUAAACAGUCAAGUCUCUGCUGUCACACAGACUUGUACUUUGCAUUUACAAUCGUGCGAUGAAUCUUAUAACGUCGACAUUGAUUGUUUUGUCUUGCCCAACAUAACAACUCAUAUACCUCAAACAUACAUAGACUUAUCUGACUUACAGCUACCGGCUGGCAUUAGCCUAGCUGACCCAACCUUUAACAUACCGUCCUCCAUUGACAUAUUGGUGGGGGCUGACAUAUUUUGGAACGUGGUUGGUCGUAAUCGCAUACAGUUAGGCAGACAUAUGCCGACGCUCUUCGAGACUAAGCUCGGAUGGCUUAUAUCUGGUGCCAUUCCGCAAGCAAGCACGAAUCACUCCAUGUGUAUGGUCACACACGACAUGCAUACUUCACACAUAGAUAACCCUACAGAUUUAUCAAGGUUCUGGGAACUUGACACUAUUUCACCGAAGUUUAACUUCACGUCAGAGGAACGAGCAUGUGAACAGAAUUUCAACAAAACUACAAGGCGUAAGGCUGAUGGUCGUUUUGUAGUCACCAUUCCGUUGAAGGAGUCACCUGAAGCGUUAGGUAGCUCCUAUGAAAUGGCUAAACGUCGGUUCCUUUCGUUAGAGCGUAGACUCGAUAGAGACCCGAUACUUAAGAGUCGCUACAUAGAGUUCAUGCAAGAGUAUGAAGCAUUAGGUCAUAUGAGCGAAAUAUCUCAGCCUUCUUCAUGCCCUUCUUACUUUCUCCCGCAUCAUGGCGUAGUUAGAGAGUCCAGUACAACGACAAAGCUACGAGUUGUCUUUGACGCGUCAGCCGUCACAACUUCCGGUAAAUCGUUUAACGACAUUCAAGCCAUAGGCCCUCGGGUUCAGGAUGACUUAUUAUCCAUCUUAUUGAGGUUUCGUCAGCACCGGUAUGUCGUUACGUCAGACAUCGAAAAGUUCUUUAGACAGAUUGAGCUCGAUAGGUCACAACGGUCGCUACAGCAAAUACUAUGGCGUUCUGAUCCGUCAUUGCCUCUUAAAACAUACACACUAAACACCGUCACUUACGGUACAGCAUCUGCGCCAUAUAUCAGUACACGAUGUUUGUCUCAAUUAGCAAAGGAGGCAAAGUGCACACGUACACAACACUCAAUACAACAUGAUCUUUACGUAGAUGAUUAUUUAUCAGGCGGCGACUCUAUAGAGAGCACUAUAGCUCUAUGUAGAGACGUCACCAGCACACUUAAAUCGGCACAGCUAAAUUUACGGAAAUGGCAGUCUAACAAUGCACAAAUACUACAGGCAAUAACUACAAGCACACAUAGUCACACAUCCACACAAUCCACGUCCACACAACCCACAUCUACACAAUCCAUUUCCACACAACCACAUUCAGGCACACAUAAUACAGUAAACUUAAGUAUUGAUGAACCAAGUAAAACUCUAGGUGUAAAUUGGAAUUAUCAGCACGAUUCACUUACAUUCUCCAUUCACAUACCUGAGCAUACUAAUAUCACGAUCACAAAACGACACAUUCUAUCCACAAUCGCGCAAAUAUUCGAUCCGUUAGGAGUCAUUACACCAUGUAUCAUAGAAGCUAAGAUAGUACUGCAAAGGUUGUGGAUAGAUAAGUGUUCAUGGGAUGAUGAAGUUAACAUAGAUAUAAAAAAACAAUGGUUAAAAUUCAUACAAACAUUACCGCAACUUAAUCACCUAAGCAUACCACGUUGGGUGAUAUGCAUCAAUUCAACAUCAAUUGAAAUACAUAUUUUUACAGAUGCUUCAGAAAAGGCAUACGGAGCUUGCAUAUACGUUCGUUCUGUGGCUAGUGAUGGUCGCAUACAUACACAUCUUCUCACAUCUAAGAGUAAAGUCUCACCGAUAAAGUCGACCACAAUUCCAAGGUUAGAACUUUGUGGUGCAUUGCUAGGCACUCGUUUGUGCACAAAGGUAUUAGAAUCAUUAACACUUAAACCUAAUCGAUGCAUAUUCUGGUGCGAUUCUAUGAUUGUCUUAGGUUGGCUGUCUGCGGCACCUGCCGCACUUAAGCCGUUUGUCAGGCAUAGAGUUUCGGAGAUACGGGAAGGUUUUGGUGACUAUACUUGGCGCUACGUGCCCACCAAGGACAACCCGGCAGAUCUCGUUUCCCGCGGACUGAGUGCAGACCUUAUAAGUCAAUCUUCCAUGUGGUGGUCAGGUCCUGCCUUCUUGCAAACAGAGUCAGCUCUUUGGCCUUCCAUGCCUAACACAGAUGUAAACGUAGUACUACCUGAACUAGUAAAAUCACACAAUAAUAACAAUUCAUUACAUAUCACUAAUCUUAAUUCUAAUAACCUAUUUCUAAUGUUAAUUAAUAAUUCAUCUAACUAUUCACAAUUAAAGCGACUAUUCGCAUACAUAUUUAGAUUCGUAAACCGUUGUAGAGGGGUACAUAAUCAUAGCAUUACUCUUACUAAUUCGGAGUUAUUUUUCAGUGCUAACUUUAUUAUUCAAACAGUUCAAAAAGAAAUGUUUCCUGAGGAGUAUGAGAUACUUUCAUCUGGUAAAGAUUUACCUACUAAAAAUCGCCUUAAAAAAUUGACACCUUUUAUUGAGUCUGGUAUUAUUAGAGUUGGGGGAAGACUGGAUAACUCCUGUUACGAUUAUAAUGUCAAACACCCUAUCAUUAUUUGCAGCAAGAGUCAUUUUACUAAACUUAUCUUUAACACUUUCCACCUACGCCUAUUUCACGCUGGUCCUCAGUUACUCUUAGCCGCGGUGCGACAUGAAUAUUGGCCUUUAGGUGGGAGAAACCUUGCCAAAUCUACAGUUCAUAAAUGUGUAAAAUGUCAGAGAUUUAGUGGCAGAACAGUUCAGCCUAUCAUGGGCAACUUGCCUAAGGAGCGAGUUCAACUAGAGUUUCCCUUUCUAGAAACUGGCACAGACUAUGCUGGGCCCAUCCUUCUAGCUGACCGCAAAGGUAGAGGGUGUAGGUUAAUUAAAUCUUAUAUAUGUGUUUUUGUUUGCCUAGCCACACGGGCAGUUCAUCUGGAGCUUGUCUCCGACUUAACGAAACAUGCAUUUAUUGCAGCACUGAACAGGUUUAUUGCUCGUCGUGGUAAACCAAAAACCAUCUUUUCCGACAACGGUACAACGUUUAUUGGCACCUGUAAUGAAUUAGCUGACAUACUUAGGCAGGACUUUUCUUCAGUCAUGGCAAAUACAGGUAUCAACUUUUCAUUUAUUCCAGCGUACACCCCGCACUUCGGUGGGCUGUGGGAGUCCGCCGUCAAAUCAGUUAAGCAUCAUUUAAGACGUAUUUUAGGCUUAGCACAUCUCACUUACGAAGAGAUGUCAACUUGUUUGAUUCAGAUCGAGGCAAUACUGAACUCUCGUCCCCUUACUCCUCUCUCCACAGACCCGUCAGACCUAUACCCUUUAACUCCUGCUCAUUUCCUUAUUGGGAGGUCUCUCACAUCCUUGCCGCAUCCGGAUCUCGUCCAUCAGAACAUCUCAAGCCUUAAACGCUUUCAGCGCAUAGAACACCUGAAGCAACAGUUCUGGAAUAGAUUCUCUAACGAGUAUAUUUUCUACCUCCAACAGAGAACGAAGUGGACUGACUCCGACGGGGUUCUUGAGGAAGGAGCCAUGGUGGUACUCAAGGAGCAACAGACUCCACCAUUGAUGUGGCCACUCGGUCGUAUCGUACGGCUGAUAGCUGGGAGAGACGGCAUAAGCCGAGUAGCGGACGUGAAGACGAAGAGAGGCAUAGUGCGACGCGCUUAUAACACCAUAUGUCCUCUUCCAGUUUAAUCCUUGAAGAUCGUCUAUCUUCAACGCCGGGAGCAUGUUGAGAACAUCACUACGCCCGGGCGACCGCGGGCGGAGCCGCGGGCGCAGGGGGGCGCUCGAUCAGCUGGCGCGCGCGCCGGCCGUCACAAGAAGCACUGCGUCAUCGUCCACCGUACCGAGCGCGCACUUACUUCAUUUCUUAUAAUUGUUAAUUCCGUCAUUCCUAAGUGUUGUAAUUUAUACAGUCCACUAUUAUACUUAUUAGCUACGAA